AUGAAUGGUGCCUCAGAUGAGAAUGCCGAAAACAGAUUCGGAGAAGAAAAUGAGGAAAAUGAACAUAUUUUACGACGGAAAAGACGGCGGAAGUGCCGUCCUCAUGCUCUUGCAUACCGUGAUACAAAUAUUGGUGGAUUGCUUAGUCAGGAACGUGAAUUGCUACAUAAGAAAAGAAUUUCUGAAAAGUCUCCCUUGCCCAACAAGAGAAGAAAACAUGAUACUUCCCAAGAAAGAAAUCAAGAACUUCCGACAAGAAGUCGGUGGCUUCCAACUGGAAUGUCUUCCUUUACUGUUUUUUGUGAUGAAGACAAUGGCCAGGAGGUUGGCAGUUCGAAAAAUUCUGAGGUACCGAAGAAAAUUAGACGUCCUUUUGCAAUUUUGUCACCGAAUCGUGAAGAUUCGGAUUUGGAGAAUAACAGGCCCCUUGUUGCAAAUUUGUCACCAAGUCGUGAACAAUCAGAUUCGGAGAAUAACAUGCCAUCUGAUAACAAUCUUGAAGCUAAUGAGGAUGAAGAUAGUUAUUAUUCAAGAGGUAGUACCGCUUCUUCGGUUGAUUACAACGACAUUUAUGCUAACGAGCUGCAUCUUGAUGACGAAAUGGCACCUAAUGUUGAUUCGGUUUCAGAUACUAUCCAAAGAGCACCUAGGCAUUUCCCAAGUAUUUCUAGCCAAGCGGCUACCACAAGCAGUAGUAUAAUAUAUACUAUAGAGGAACAUGAAGAUCGAGUGCGUACCGAUCCAGUGUAUGAUAUGGAUAUCUAUGUUUAUAUGAGAUAUAGGGAAUUAAAACUGUGUCCUUCUGGAGAAUUUUUAGAAUUUCAAGAAGAAAUAUGCGGUGAAGUGAGACGUCUUCUCGUCGAAUGGAUUUGUGAUUCAGCUAGAGAAUUCAAUUUAAGCACAGAAUCUCUGCAUAUGGCAGUUUCAAUCGUCGAUCGAGUUUUGAAUACACUUCAGUGUCCACGUGAGAAAUUGCAAUUACUUGGUGCUGUAGCUCUGUUGCUUGCAUCAAAAUUUGAAGAGAUCUAUCCACCAGAAAUGAAAGAAUUCGCUAGAAUUACCGCUUACACGUUUCACGAGAAAGAAAUUAUAAGAAUGGAACGAAUAGUUUUUGCAAGAGUAGCAUAUCAAUUGUUAGCACCUACGUCGUGGUGGUUUGCAUCACGAUUGGUACGGAUGGCUCAUGUUCCAAGAAUAAUUUAUUGUAUGAUGAGGUAUCUGUUGGAGCUUGCCCUUCUAGAUCAUACAUUUCUGGAUUUUCGACCAAGCGUUAUUGGGGCAGCAUCAUUUUUUCUCAGUAAUGUGAUCUUCCGAUCCGAUUAUUUGCUUUCAGUUACAGAGACAGAUAUUGACCUUGAUGAACUUCGCUCGCCUGCCCGAAAAAUGCUUGAACUCUUCCACGAAGUUCCGAAUAAAGAUUAUUGCAGUGUUUUUGAAAAAUAUGCAACGGAGAAGUACGAGCAGGUCUCUUGUUUAAUACUCCCAGAUAAUUUUUCCGAAUUAGAUGUUCAUUAA